AUGCAUGUUGGACCAGUUUUGGCUGAAAACGGAGUAUUAGCCGCAUCUCCAGGUCUGGUCGAUUUGAAAGAAACCCCGGAUUCUCCCACUGCUCCAUUGGAGGAAAUUCAAACGGUGCCGCAGGUGAUGGAAGUGUCAGAAACGGGUCGUCCACGUCGGCAAUGUCGGCAGAACAUCAACUACACGGACAAAGAUUUGGACGUCAUUCUGGAACAGCAUCUUAUGGAUAGUAAGACGUCGAGAAAGCGAAAGGAUGUCAAUGAGAACGAGCCGAUUCAGCGAAAACGUGGGCGUUCGAAAAAGUAAGGGUUUAAGAAUGUGUUUUGGAUUUUUAGGUAAAUAAGCUGAAUCUUAAAGUAGAUCUACAAGUUUUGUUAAAUGAAUUACCUGAAGCUUUUAAGCAAAACUAUCAUUAGUUAGUGGUUUUAUAACAUAAGAUGUAUCAUAAGAAGGUGUCAAAAUGCAUUUUUGGGCUAUUCUACGUGAUUUUAUUGAUUAGUUUUGUAGUUUGAUUAGAAACAGACGAAGACUUUGGCUUUGGCGCGUAGCAUAAGACCUAUCCUUUGCACUAAUUUAUAUUAACCAGACUCAGCUUAUUAUAAAAUACUUUAGAAUUUAUAUUGUAAAAUGAGCUUGUGAAGUAAAAAUAGAUAUUAUUUUCUAAAUUUUUAAAAAAAUUCAAUUAAAGUAAACGCGUUUUGAAAAAAUUAAGUAUAUAUUUUUUGCGUAUAAAACGACUCGCGCGAAUUUCGGCAUGUUGCGCCCAAAUUCCGAUUUUUUCUCAAAGAAAUAAAAUUAUGUUUGACUGAAAUUUGACCGAAAAAGUGUAGCAUAUUAAAGAUCGGAACGUCUAAACAUGUAAGUUUUUUAUACAUUUUUCAUUUGUUUCAAUCUAAUUUUUUGGUCUAUCUCCUGUUUAUAACGUCUGUCGUCUUGAUACGUCUGAAAAACAUGUAAAAACUGUCUAAUACCUAGGAUUUAAAAAAAUUUACUUAUCUAUCAAAUUGAAAUGACAGGGCGCAUUUAUUUUCACUAAUUUAUACAAUAGAUAGAUAAGAGAUGAUUAACAUUUUUGCCAAUAUCCAGUGCUUGUCAGUUUGUGUGAGAAGUUUUGAAUAUAUUUGCCUUGUUCUAGGUAAAAUCACAGGUCGCAGAGCACAGCAGAGAGAAGCUUCGAACAUGUUUUGUUAAUGUAGACAUAGAAUUUCUGUGAUGCUGCUUUAGAUUGAGACUUUCAAUAUUUGCGAGGUCGAUUCUCGGCAUCUUUGAUGAAUUAAAUUGGGACUUUCAUUGCCGUUUUGGAAAUAACGUCGUAGUCGCGUAAAUUGCGUAGAGCGCAGUAGUAUAUAUUGAUGUGAUUGAGGCUUUCGGUAUUGUUGAGUUAGAUUGAGUGAGACUUGCGGCACCUUUCUUGAGGAUGGAGAUUUGUGGCUUAAAAAUGAAUUGUGCGAAUUUUGGCCCGUUGUGCCCAAAUACCUAUUUUUUCUGAAAAGAAAUAAAAUUAUUUUUGAUUGAAACUUGAACGAAAAAGUUUAGCAUUUGAAGAUCGGAAAGUCUAAACAUGCAAUUUUUUAAUUUGAUAUUUGUCGAUAGUUAUCUAAAAAAUUAUAACUCACAAUCCUCUAAGCACUUUAAUGGGUUUACAGGGAGGGAUAUGGUGUAGUAGUUUUACAAGGAGAAAGUUUUUUUACUGUUUCUUACACAGCUCAGAAAAAAUACAUGUGGCGUUACAAAAUUGUUUUCAGGAGUGACAGUGGUGCAGUUACCCCAAAAACAUCCACUUCAAAGACAAAAACGGAUGAAGUCUGUUCUCAGAACAACAGCGUGAUCAAUCCGAAGCAAACCUCUCUUACCAAUGGUCCCUCAACUAGCUCUGCCAACUCUGGCAAUGUCAUUAACGAACAACAAAAGCAGGCGUUGAUGGAAUCUAUUAAACACGUUGAGUACGAGUUAAAGUUUAUGGAUGUUGAUCGUCUUCACUUUGAAAUGCAAACUCGUGAUGAAGCACAUUUGAACCCAGACUUUAGGAGAACAUUGGUCGAUGAUUGGGUUGCUACCUCAUGUAAGUUGUUUUAGAGUUUUACUAUAGUUAUGAAGUUUUUUUAUCGAUGUUAAAGUAGGAUUCCAAAUAGUUUUGUAUGUUUUUACUUAUCUAAAAAGGUACGUUGCAUCGGCAUAUUGUAAAAAACUUAACUAUUUUUCAGAUGAUCAUGAAUUUCAUCUUGGUCGUUUAAUGGAAUUGGCUCGGAACCCAAAUCAACAACACUCGGACACUAUCAUGCACACUAUCUUUGUGAUGCGCGGGCUUUUGAAUGUAAAAAAUGAAGUGAGUUUUCUAUUUUUUUUUUGAAUUUUAAGCCUAUAAUAAAAAUAACACAAUCGAAGGCUAUUUUGGAUGACAAAGUAAAAUAUGAAAAUCGCACAUAACAUUGAUAUAUCUUUACAUUACUUUACACAUUAUAAUUCUAAACUUUUUAGAAUAACCUUCUUAAAUUGAAAAUGGAAGACAUGUUGAGACAGCAGAAGAACGGAAAGAACGUUUAG